AUGGCCUCGACCCACGAUGCCGAAAAGGGCCCAUCUAUUGCCUUGCCUGUGGAUGACAGCCUCGCAGAUCGAGAGAGCAUGCCUGACCCCAACGAAGUGUUCUGGGAUGGCGACGCAGAUCCCUCAAACCCUAUGAAUUGGAGUGCCACGUACCGUUGGUGCCAUAUUUUCUUCAUUACAGUCCUAACAUUUGUCACUUCGCUAGGCUCAUCCAUGCUGGCACCUGCAGUUCAGGACGUGAUGAGAUCUCUUGGAUCUGACAGUUCAGAACUAGACUCGUUUGUCGUAUCGAUCUAUGUGAUCGGAUUCGCUGUUGGUCCACUUGUUGUGGCGCCGAUGUCUGAAUUGUAUGGUCGCGCCAUUGUCUACCAUGUGACAAACGUGAUCUUCCUUGGGGUCACCAUUGGGUGUGCCUUGAGCAGAAAUGUGGGGAUGUUUCUGGCAUUCCGAUUCGUCUCCGGCUGCGCAGGGGUAACGCCUUUGGCUUUGGGAGGAGGUACGAUUGGCGAUCUCAUGCCACCUGAACAGAUGGGGACCGCGAUGGCCGUCUGGGGUUUAGGAUCGUUAGUGGCGCCUGUCUUCUCUCCCAUUGCGGGAGGUUAUCUUAACGAGGCUGCUGGCUGGAGAUGGAUCUUUUGGGUUAUUGCUAUCCCGAUGGCCAUCCUUACGGUCUUGUGCCCCUUUCUGAUUCGUGAAACAUACGUUCCCGUACUACUGGAGGCCAAAACUCGGAGACUUCGUAGGGAGACAGGUAAUCCUCAAUUGAAGUCCCGCCUGGAUCCGGGGGUCUCUCGCCGGGAAGUCAUCGUUAAGGCUCUCAUUCGUCCCCCUAAGCUUCUGUUGACGUCGUUCGUGGUGACAACAAUUGCACUGAACGUAGCAGUGGUAUACGGAUAUCAAUAUCUUGUCUUUACAACGCUGGCAUACAUUUUCCAGGACAAGUAUCACUUGUCAACCGGCAUAUCUGGGUUGGUUUACUUGGGAAAUGGACUUGGGACCAUUUUAGGCAUCUUCAUCAUUGGUUAUACGUCAGACAAAGUCGCCGAACGAAAGAAGAAUAGAGCAUCCGCCUUGGGCAAAGAUGUUCAACCAGAGGAGUAUCUGUGGCCUAUGCUUCCCUCAGGCCUGUUAGCUCCCAUUGGUCUUCUUUGGUAUGGGUGGUCGUUGCAGACUAAUGCAUACCCAGUGGUCCCAGUGGUUGGGCUAGGAGUGUUUGGAUUCGCCAUGAUGGGCAUUUUCCAGCCAGCACAGAUCUAUCUGGUGAAUGCAUUCCCGACACAUUCUGCCUCCGCCCUGGCGGCGAUGAACAUUCUUAGAAGUUUGGCCGGAGGCUUGUUGCCUCUCGCAGGUCAGGGCCUAUACGAUAGUCUGGGGAUGGGGUGGGGGAACAGUCUCUUGGCUUUUAUUGCGUUGGCGUUCGCUCCUGUGCCCUUUCUCUUGCACAGAUAUGGGGCAAGAAUUAGGAAGAAGGAUCAGAAUAUCAAAUGA